AGUGUGACUGGUCGAAUUCUGGCGAAUAAAGUAAAGUCAAUAUAAUGAAUAAACUUUUGGUCGGAGACGGGUGAUUCCUUUCCGGGACAGGGACGUACGGUACAUGCGGCGUCUCUCCUUGCAAGCGGUUCACCGCUUGCGCCGAUCCAUUGCGAGACUGGCAGUCUCCGCCCCAAACGCCACCGGUCGCCUCGGUUCCGCGUCGGAACGCUCAACGACCAUUCGCUCGGCACAGAAGCGAAGCGACAGCAAUUCGCCGUUGACCUCGCGAGGUACCGGCUCCAGAUCCUCUGCCUACAAGAGACGCACCUCGUCAACGGCCACGAGAAGCUACGGCCACGAGAAGGCUAUCGGCACCGCGCAGCGUUACGACGUCCACUCCUUGCCGUCCAAGUUGCGCUUCCAUCCCGUCAUAUUCGCCGUCGCCGGCAUCAUCUCAUCCGUGCGUGGUCAGUGUCCGACCGGAUCGCCAUACUGAAGCUCAAGUUAAACCAAUACUCACGGUACAGAAUGGCUUUAUGCAUAUGCGCCACAAAUGGGGCGGACGAAGGCCGAGUCGGACAGGUUCGACGACGACGUCCCUGUAAACACGUUCCAUCACGUCAGCCAAAGGCUUGACCAUCACAUUGCGGCGUGGUAUGGACAUGCGCAUCCAGUUCAUCGCGCAGAGAUGAAUUGCUGGAGGUCUUGACCGGUCACUGGCAGCUUCAAAUCGUGCAGCGCCUCGAUGCGCUCGGGGUCAUGCUUUAACCCUUCACCAGAGACGAUACAUCCACACCAGGCGGUUUGAUAGAACCGACACUUGUUUGUGUUCAACUUGAGCCCACGGAACUCGCAAAUCUUCAGUACGCGCUCCAACGCGACCAGCAGACCUUCCUUGGUCUUGCUGUAGCCGAGUACAUCGUCUAGCCAGAUGAGCAGACAGCGGUAUAGCUCGUCCACAAACUUCUCUUGCACCGAUGACUUGCAAUACGUCACGCUGCCCGUGCCACCCAUCAACACUCGGAUUGUUGUGCAACCGCCGAUGCCCGUAAGAGGCGAGAACCUCUCCUGCGAGUCAGGAUGCAGCGCAAACUGCCAUUAGGACACCACAGAGGUGGUCGAGGAUUACCUCUAGCAUUGGCAUCGACCAGAGAAUCCGCUCCGUCUGAGCAAUGACUGGACGGACGUCCACUGUCAUGCGAAGUUCGUUCGCUUCAGGUUUCAUCACGAUAAGCGGCGCCGAGUACCACUUCGACGUGGAUUGCGGUACCGUGGACCUUAU